AUGAUAACACCACCAGUGAAUAUUUCUAGUCCGCUCUCAUCCAGCGAUUUACAGGAGAUCAAAAACUCUAUAGUUGGUGAUCAGUUCGCCAAGUUACAGCUCUUUCUAUCAAAUCAAUCCUUGAUUCGCAACUUGAUAGAGGUGGCAACCAGCAAUUUAGAUUUAAAGAGGGAGGCGUUAGACAUAUUACUGAGCUUACUUAACCUUGAGGAAGAUGUGCGAUAUGAACUUAACGAAAUAUAUUCUACGAUUGUCGAACUUAUACUACGAGACAUCAAAAUCACUUUGAAUGACAGCGAUGUGAUUACAUAUAAGAACAUAAAGUUGGUCAAUAUCUGUCUGGAAAAUUAUGGCGAGGAGCUUAGAAGAUCGGGACCAACACUGUCCAGCUUCUCAGCCAGAAACCUGCAGCAUUGCCUUUUGCAUUACAUUGAGAAAUGGCUUACGACGGAAACUUCAGUGUACCAUUCAGCUGUCAUAGUGGCUUUGAUGACUUCUCUCCUUAAAGAUAUUGGAAAAGUAACAAGGGAAUUGAAGGACCUAACUGAAAGGCUACUUACACGAAUUUCACAGAAGUAUAUUGACCAGUUAGAGUUCAAAUAUCUUUUGAAGGUAAGUUCCAAACCCAAUAAAAUGAAUCAAAUAUACGACCCUUUAAGUAAUAAGGGCGUCGAAAAUUCCGCUACCAUGCAAUUUAUAACUUCGCCCAAUCCAGUUGACAUUCAUGACCCCGUGGAUCGGUCCAUGUUUUAUUUGGGAGUGAAUCUCUACUUACAGAUUUUUGAAAGUCCCAGGUCUCGCAAGGCAGACUUCUUUUUCGAUGAAAAUGCCAUGGAUGACAACUUGUGGAAGGACGGUAAUUUUGGUCUUUUUUUAUCGAGUUUUCUCAAAAGUGAUGACAUGAAUAUGAAGUGUAGCGCUGUAAAGUUCGCUGCCUUUCCUUAUUUGUGUUCAAGUAGGUAUAAACUCCCUAAGCAGCCCUUGCGCCAGUGGCUACCAAGUAUGCUUGACUGUUUCAAUUAUGAUAACAUUCCCUGGUGGUUUGAUCCGUUUGAGAUUCUGACAAAUCUCAUAGAUCUGUACAACCAUACCUCACCAUUGAAUAAUCCUGUGACGGAUUUUCUUUUCAAAACAAGUCUUUUGAAUGGAUUAGUUUCACUGUUUGCAAAAUGUUUAUGUCUCCCCUAUCAAAACAGAGGUUCUAUUAAUGUGGUAGCGAAAUUUAUCAAGUUAUGUGCAUCAAUAACAAGUUUUGAUGAGAAGUGUAGAGAGCUUCUUUUGGAAGACAAAUCCCUAUUGCUUCAUGCUGAGUCAGGAUUGGAGUCUCAUUUAAAUUUACUGGAUUCUUUUCUUGAGAACAAGGAUACAUUUAGCGAAUCUUUGGAACCAGAAUUAUUUCCUCCUUUGCAUGACAGUUCGAUCACGCUCUCGUGGCUUCUAUUACUGAAAUCCUUCUCUCGAAGUAUAACCGCUCUAAGGACUUCAUUAAAGAGGAACAGACUUGCUGAACUCCUCUUGAGUCUUGUAAAAAGAAUCUACUUACUUAUCACUGACAUCAAUUUCAAAGGCGCUGGCUUCCUAAAGGCCGAGAUAAGUAUUCUAAGCGCUACGCUCGGUGUACUAUCAAAUUUUGUUGUGGAGUUUUCUAACCUCCAGUCAUUUAUUCUAAGCAACGGAAUUGUAGACGUGGUGGGAAGCAUAUUAAGGGAACCAUUAUUUAACAGCAAAAUACCCUGGGAAGAUGAAGUGCGCAGGGAAAAGUUUACUGGCAUUGCAACUUCAGAAGUUAAGACGAAUGCGUUGUGGGUUUUGAGACAUUUGAUGUACAACUCACACAACGAAGAGAAAAUUGAGUUACUUUCGUCCAUUCCCAUGGAACUCAUUCUUCAGUUCGUUAACGAUAGUAACUGGCUGGUCCAGGAACAAUGCUUUCAACUGUUGAGAAAUUUAACUUGCAAUUCUAGACGUAUUGUUAAUAUUCUCUUGGGAAACUUCAAAGACUCGGAUUUGGUCAACAAUGGUAAAAAGAAUGCCCCGGCUGUUCGAUCCACAUACCUCUUUGAAUUCUUAGCGCACAAAAUGAAGCUAUUGGAUCCCAGUGACAGCCACCAGCGCAAGACGCUUGAGGGUGUUCUGUACAUCAUCGUCAACAUUACGGCUAUUAAUGAAAACAAACGACAACUUAUUAUUGAGCAAGAUGACUUAUUGCACAUAAUUUAUGAGAUUCUUUCGGACAAAGAUGGUGAGCAUCCAGAGGCAGGAACUAACAACGACUUGCAGAUCGCUUGCUUGUGGAUUUUAACAAACCUGAUUUGGAAUUCAUCGUUCUCAAGCUACGCACAUCAUGCACCCGAGGAUUACAUCCCGUCGAUGGAAACAUCUCCAGUUCGGAUUGGCAGCUCUUCUGGUGAUGAAAGUAAUGACAAAGCUACUUCGCAGGAUAACGAUGAACAUUUGGAUGAGGAAAUCAGCGGCGAUGAAGAUGAAGACAUGGAAAAUGAAGAUCCUGACGAGGGAGAUGAAUUCGUCCGACCAUACCCCCAACAAUCCGCUGUUAAGACGAAAAACUCUGCCUUGGAGAGGUGCUCGAAGCUAGUUAAAAUGGGAAUGUAUGACCUGGUAAAGUUGAAAACAUUUGAUAAGCACUUGGCUGUUCGUGAGAAGGCCAGAACGCUGCUAUUUCAUAUGGAUCUAUUACGGAAAGGUAUGUAG